ACUGAUAUCACCUUCCAUAAUGGUGGGAGAGGGCUAUUAGGGUUUUCGUGCAGUGGUCGCGAAGUUACCCCUCCCCCCCCCCAUGUGCGGCGAAUUCAGUCGGUGGACGCAAAUCUUCUGACCGAUCAAACGAGUAGAAAAGCCUCUGACAUUGACAUAUUGCUCCAUGAAACCUUAGAAUCGAUAACGGGGGGCCCGAGAACAAAGAAACGAUCACUGUGCGCAGACGGAGGCGUUCUCAAGGUUGGCCAAAGCGCCACAAAUUCCCGCUAGACGCCAGUCACACCCAUCAAAACGAGAUAGAUGCAUCUGGCUCUGGGUUUGCCUCCUUUUCCUUUGUUCUCGGUCUCGAGUCAGGAUGUCGAGGGUUCCAGUCUCGGUGGGGCCAGCGUCACCUCUCCCCCCCGCAAACCAUGGUUCGUUUGGAUCGUUGCCGUGAUGGGAAACGACAACCCGGUCCCCGCAAAAAGAACACGGGUACUGACUGAAUUACCAUGGCCUGUGCAAUCAGACAUGCCCCUUCAAUAAGAUGGGAUCUCGAAUGCAAUUUUUACGUGCAGGCCGUGCGCCUAUACUCCCCGCCAGGCAUCAUUGCCCACCAUGUCAAGACGGCAUUUGUGUAGUAACAUGGUAGAUGGGAUUACCAUGUUCAGUAGGCUCUUUCUUUGGUCUUAUCUGCAUUCGUUUCUAUUAUCUCAAGGGGUUCAUCUGUCAACUACCUUACGACCUGUCACCUUGCGCGCCGGAUUGGGUCAUGUCAAUCAACGCCCUGAAAGGAUAAACUUCGACUCGACCGUGUCUCUUCCCUUCUCAUCAAGCGUCCAUGGGCUCGGUUCAGCCCAGCAGCUAGGUGCCUCGACCCGGGGAGAAGGUCUGAAUCUCAGACCGUGCAGGGACUGACUCGUGAAUGGUGGAUGUUUAUUGCGGUAGACAGAACCUGUUCGGUCCAGAACCCGCCGAUCUCCGUCAAUUGGAGAGGGCAUAGGGUGAUCGAUCUGGCUUUGUCCCCAUUAUGGGGUACCGAUCUGUUUCUUUCUUGGUUGACUCGCCCUCUCUAUUCUAUUCCUAAUAUAUAUGGUUGGUCUGCU